UAUCCAGAGAAUCUGCAGACUUACGGUAGAGAAAGCUUAUUUAUUUUAAAAGCUAAGAUAUUUUGUGCAUAAUUUAAUGAAAUGAUUACAACUUGCGCUGGAAAGAACUAAAAUAAACUUGUUUUUUUUUUUAUGAAAUGCUAGCAGCUACUGCCGUUUCAAAAUCAGUACAAACUUGCAGAAAUGAUUACUUCACAGAGUCGAUAUUGGAGUGAAUUGAGUGGCUUCAUAUAAUUAAGUCUUUUACAAGUAUAGAAAAGUCAAUCCGUAUAAAGAAACCAUAGCAUUAUGAUGGGAAAAUAAUGCUUUUGUACAUGCAAGUAUUAAAGCACCGCUUCUCUGAUAACUGUAAAAAGUCUUUCUUCCUCUUUUCUUCUCUCUAUUCUCCUCCAAAUGAGCGAUAUACCUGUUAGACGCUUGGACCAAAUCAAGCGGCAGUUAAACUUAACACCAUCACCUAUGUCUCUUGAGGCGCCCAAGGAUAUGGCACGAGAAAGAAACAGCGCAACGUUUGAUAUUCUCGCCCUGUCUUAUUUAUGGGUGGAUGGAGAAGAAAACUACAGACAAAUGAAAAGGGCUUUUGAUUUUAUUGAAAAAGAUCCAGAACUUGUCGUUCAGCCCCCUAAAAACAUUUUGGAAUUCACGAGAGAAGAGUCCAGAGAAUUUACAAUGGGACAACUUCAUAGGCUAGCGAAUCUCUCUAGGGAAAUUCAAGACAAGAAAUUUACGCAGCUUGUUUACAAAGCAGUUUUUCAUUACUCUGAAAGUUGCGCUUUGCGUAUGGGUGUUCAUGAAGCCUUGUUUCGUAAUGCCAUUCAAAUGCUUGGAAACAAAGAACAGCAACAAGAAUGGGUGCCAGAUAUUGACGAGCAUCGUGUCCUUGGAUGCUUUGCCAUGACAGAGCUUGGACACAGCUCAGCUUUACGUGACAUUGAGACAACUGCAACUUAUGAUCAAGAUAGAGAUGAGUUUAUUAUCAACUCUCCCAGUAUUACUUCAACCAAAUGGUGGACUGGACUCGCUGGUCAAACAGCCACACACACAGUGGCCAUUGCUCAAACCAUUGUUCAUGGAAAUAAUGUUGGUCUCAACUGGUUUAUUGUUCAAUUAAGAGAUACAAAAACAGGCUCAUUAUUACCUAACAUUCAAGCAGGUGACGUUGGAUCCAAAAUAGGCCACCAAGGUGUUGACAAUGGCUGGAUUCAGUUUCGACAAACGCGUGUUCCUCGAAAACAGAUGCUCAUGAGAUGGGUAAGUAUGGGUCCCCAAGGCAAUUUCAAGACAGCACCCAACCCUGCUGUUAUGUAUGCUACGCUAAUCCCUGAACGAGUUUCCCUUGUUAUGAUUACAGUCACGCUUGUCACACAAGCAUUGGUCAUUGCCGUGCGCUAUGGUGUUACUCGACGCCAAGGGACUAAAAAUCAACAAAUUAUGUCUUAUCAAUCACAUUAUGUCAAAUUGUUGCCUGCUAUUUCUUUUAUGUAUAUGAUCCAAAUGUCUUUUAGAACACUUGAUAUGCAGUUUUCUAUCUUGACAGCUGAUGGCAAGAUGGAUCCAGAAGUUUACUUGAAUCAUAUGGGUGAUAUGCAUUUCAUCUCUGCUUCUCUUAAAGGGCUCUCAGGUGCUUAUGCAGCAGAAAUACUUGAGAUAUGUCGCCGUUGCUGUGGUGGCCAUGCUUAUUCUAGUUAUAAUGCGCUUGGAAGCCUUAUUGCUGACUUUGGUGUCAUGACGACUGGAGGAGGCGACAAUGUUGUCUUACUUCAGCAGGCAGCACGUUAUUUAUUGUAUCGCUUCAACCAGAUAAUGGAGUUUGACGAUUUUGUUGAACUGAAAUAUGAAAGCUCAUUGCAUUAUAUAAAGCAUGCUAAAGAAUUACUCAAGUUAAAUUCUUGGCCUGUAUCUGCGAUGCAUGAUUGUGUUCAAAAUUUCGAUCUGAUCAAACAAGCAUUGUAUACAAUUCUUGUGAAAAGACUCAAUAGCAUUCAGCAGGCAUUGAAUCAGGAUGCAACUCAUGAAGAUCUUUUACUUGAAUGUGUUAGAGUGGCCGAGCUUCAUUGUGCAGCUUUUUUGUUUGCUGAUAAUGUCAAGAGGUUCUCAAGCACAACUACUGGCUUAUCAAAGGAUUUGCUUGAAAUAGUGAGAAAGAUGGUAGCUUUAUGGGGUCUUCAUACGCUUCGCUCUUAUGGAGACCAAGGAUUUAUUGAAGGCUUUCUGAGUCCUAAACAAAUGAAGGAUAUUGAAAAUGAAUACAAACAAAUGUGCAAAAGCAUGCGAUAUGAAAUUAUUGGCCUUACUGAUGGCUUUGGUAUACCUGAUUUUAUACUGAAGGCACCCAUUGCGCGAUAUGAUGGUGAUAUUUACCAACCAUAUCUCGAAACGGUUCUACAAGCUUCUGGAAGCAUUGGGACUGUAUCUUAUCACUCAAAAUAUAUAAAGCCCUUAACUGAAAGAUUUGGAAAGAAUUGAAUUAUGACACCAUUUUUUUUAGUCUCCUCUGUCUUUUGAUAAUCUCUAACCAAAACAGGAAAACUUUGACAGAUUGUUUUCCCUUUUCAUUUUCGUUUAUAUACAAAUAAAAACGUUUGCCUUCUUUUUUACAUGAUUGCAU